CUCAGUCAGAUUCAAACCGCGGUAGAAAGAGGAGUCCCAGCGAUACGAUGGACAACCUUAUCAAGUGCUUAGUGGCGAUCUGCUGCCUGUGCCUGGCACUGAUCGAUCAGGCGGAGUCGGAACUUCCGCCGACUAGAUUCAACGUGAGCUUCUCCCAGCUGGAUUCCUGCGACAGCUUCUCCGUUCCGAAUACAGGAUACAGCUACCGGAAGUUCUACAUGCUGCGCGAUCUUAGCAACAACAACCGGAAGGCCGGGGAGCGGCUGCACUUGAAAUUCUACGUGUUGACCACCAUGGAUGCCCACAUCCUGCUCUCGGUGACUAAUCAUCCAAGGAUAAAUGAUCGCGUCUACGAGAUCGUGAUAGGCGCCGGCGCAAAUACGUUUUCCGCCAUCCGUACCUCCAUGGGACUGCGGCGAGUGGCCACGAGUCAGGAGCCGAACUUGGUGUCGCUGUACGAGCCGACGCCAAUAGAGAUUGUCCAGACGCAGAAUGGCGAGCUGUUUGUUUAUAUACCCGGCUUCAAGUCCGAGCCACUGAUGCAGUUCAUCGACAAUGAUCCACUGACCAUCAACUAUCUGAGCUUCAGCUCCUUUGGCUCCAACACAGCGCGCUGGUUCUUCGACUGUGGCUUUGAUGGUUAUGACAAGGAAAUAGCUGAGGACGUACAUGACCAAACUCCAGUUGGAAAACUCCUGGAGCGACUGAACUUCCAGGCGGAGAAUGCCAGCCUGCCCGCAAAUCUCACCCACAUGUUGUUCCACUUCCAAACGCGGUCCCUGGCCUACGAGCAAUCGAAUUCCAUGCUGCUGACCCGCAUGAAUAUGAUGAUACACUGGCAGGACAAACGUCUUGGCUGGCGUCCCCAAGACUUCGGCUCCAUCAAAUCCAUCGAGCACCCCGAUCUGCGGAUAUGGACACCACACUUGAGCGUACUCAACGGAGCCCUGCAGUCCGUGGCCGAGAUCCUCCAUUCCUACGAGCUGAGGGUCUACGCCAAUGGCAACGUCACCCUGUACGCCAACAACCUGCAGCUGACCAGCUGGUGUGUGGACAGUGCCCGGAACUGGCCCAACGAGCGGGUGACCUGCGACAUCGAGCUGGGUCUGAUUCUGCCGGAGGAGCAGCAGCCCUUGGACCUCACCUACGAUAUAUACCGCAAGCCCAUUGGGCCCCAUGAGCACGUGAACAUGCCCUCCGGCUGGUCCUUCUCAGAAGUAUCCGUGGUGCCGGUGGACACCGAUGCGGCGAGGCGGUAUAACCCCAAGGGAAUGGUGCAGAAAAUGGCUGGCGACGUGGCCAUCGAGUUCAAGCUGCAGAGGAACGGCAGCUUCUACAUGACCGUCUUCUAUCUGCCCCUGAUUGCCUGUCAGAUGUUCUUGCUAAUGUCGUUUGUGCUGCGAUCUAAUCGAAGAAGUGCUCUCAUCCUCAUUGCCCUGCUGAUAACUGCCUGGGGCAUGAUGUAUAUGACGCGGCACGCCUCCCCGCACUAUGUGCCACCCCUAAUGACUGCAUACAAGGCUCUGAUGAUGACCACCACCUAUUGCUACAUCCUGCACAUUUGCAUCAUAUGGCUGGAACUGUAUCCACCAAGAUCGAGUGCCCCCGACUGCCUGGUUGCCCUGAUAAACUGCAAUGGGUUGCGCUGCAUUCUGGGUCUCAGGUUCGCAGAUUCCAACUACUAUUGCGACAUCCAGGAGAAUCCCUGGCGACACCUGGCCAAGAUCCUGAACAACCUGAGCACUCUUCUGGUCAUCGUUGUAUUCGCCCUUGUAGAUAUAACAAGCGGGGUUUGAAAAAUCGAAUUUUUCUUUAUUGUGCCUUUGAGAGAAUAGUUAUGGUUUCUUAAAUAAAUAAGAAGUGUACAGAGAA